GAAUUACUUUCUUAAAUUGAGCACUGUUUUCUAAAAAAACACUUUUUAAUUUUUUUUUAUUUUAAGACAUGAGUAUAGACGGAUUAAUAAAUUGAAAUUGAUUCACCAAAGUUUACUUUACGAUUGGAUCUGAAAGUAACAAAACACUGAUAAAUAAUAAACGAAUUUUUACUGGUUGUUUCACCUCAUUAUCUUUGUCUAUUGAUUAUAAAAAAUGCAUGACAAAGUUUCCCGCAAUUACGGAAAAUCAUUUCCACAUACACAAUUUAUGUAUUCACAAAAUGACAAAUUACAAACCUGGUCAGAAAAUUCAUAAAAGUCUGGGCCCUAUUUUUAAAAUGUCACAAAUUAUGGGACUGUGUCCUGUUAUUUACCACAAACAUGAAAACGCAUUCAAAUGGUCCUGGAAAUUAUAUAUUACCUCCCUUGUGAUAAUUACAAUUUUAGGUGAGUAUAUUUUUUUUUACUUUUUAUGAAAUUUUUUAUAGCAUGUUGGUCGUUUUGGGGCUUCGUACGUGACAUGCAAGUGGCUUCCUUCACAGCCUUGGGCUUCAGAGGCACUGCUGAUUUUGUGAUUGCUUGCUUCGAUGUCAAUGAUGUGAUUGUUAGUGCGAUUUUUUUCGUCACUUCCACACCUUUCAAAUUUAAGCAUUUUGUGCAAAUCGUCGAGAAUUUUGACCGAAUUGACGCUCGCAUCUCUCCAAUCUUGGUGGAACAGAUUCGAAAAAGGAGCAAUAUUUUUGUAAAAGUCUUGGUAACUUUUUUGCCAACUUUAUACGUCCUUGAUCUGUUUAUGUGGGGGAAAAACAACUGGGAGGGAUUAAAUAAUUAUUUUGCUUUUUACAUAAUGUACAGCAUUGUUGUCGUUCACGAAUUGCAGUAUUGGCAUAUCAUGACUAUGAUGUAUGCCCGUAUUUUGGGGCUCAAUAAAACUUUGAGAGAUUACUUUAAAAAUAAAACAGGAUUCUGCGAACAUGAAAUAUUAGUGGUCACCCAAAGUUUUAAUUCGAUCAAUGAUUCGGUGGAAGAAAUUAAUAAAUGUUUUAGUUACAGUACGACUACAAUUAUUUUCAGCUGUUAUAUUCAUUUAGUAAUAAGUCCGUACCAACUUUUUGUGGUAGUCUCAAGCACUGAAACUUCUCUAUUUAACUAUGUGUAUUUACUGUGGAUCUCUUUACACAUUAUGAGAGUUUUAACAAUUGUCGAAGUUUGUCAGAAAUGUGAAAAUGAGAACCGAAAAACUAGAAGUUUAGUUUAUCAAUUAUUACUUUGUAAAUUAAACGAAAAAGUCAAAAACAUGGUUAGAGUACUUUUCUUUUUGGUAACAACUAGAAAAAUCUUGUUUUCUGCAUAUGCUUUGCCGAAAAUUAACAGAAGACUUAUCAUUUCCAUUCUUAGUUCUAUCAGUACUUACUGGAUGAUUUUGAUGCAAUCCACUUCCAGAACAAUACAAGUGGUGUAACUACAACGUGUUUUUAAAUGAUUCUCAUCUAGUCGUCUGUAAAUUUCUCAAGUACAAUCAGAAAAUGCCGCUUCAUGGAAUUAGGCAUUUAUUGUAGACAUCGAAUAUUAUUAGGUACCAUUCUCCAUUUAUUAAGUCUCGAAUUUGGAAAUAAGCUUCGAUAAUAAAAGUGUUUUCUUCCAUAGUAUAACAAUUUAGUUGCAUUUUAACGAAAUAUUUAAAAGAAAUUAAUUGAAUUUCACAACUGACAGAUUUGACAUUUAUUGACAGAUAAUUCAAUUGAGUAGAGCGGCACAUUUUUUUACAUGAAAACCAAUUUCAAAGCUAACUAGAUGAGAAUCAUUUAAAAACACAUUGUACAUUAGGUACUGUAUCUACUUGACAAAAUAUUUUUUUAUACACAAGACAAUUGUAUAGACACUGUAAAACUGUAAAUUUAGUUGAAUUAGUUUUUUUAAAAAAAGUGAAUACAAUUGUAAAAACUUUUUUCAAAUUACCUGCACUUUAAAUGAAAUCAAGCUUUUGUAGAUUUUCAGUUUGAUACAAAAUUGAGAAAAUUCCUAGUUUUUGUUUACUUUAAUUGUUUGUAUUGUUAAAGUUAGAUAAUUUCCCGAUAAUUAAUGCAUUUUUAUUGAUCUAAACCGUUUCUUUUUUGCUUAUUCCCAAAAAACAAACUUGUAUUCUAAUUAUGGGGCAAUUUCUCUACACAGAGAGUUUUGUGCUUGUGUUCCAUUACUAUUUUAUACGAGUCUGAGAAGUAAAACCUACAUAAAAGACAAAAAAUGUGACAAAAAUCGAACCCAACA